CUUUGCAGGUAAUCUUAACUUGUCCCACCUUUUCCUUCGCAAUCCCGUGCGCAAAUUCAGAAUGGUCAAUUUUUCUCUACCGUUUCUCGCCAGCCAAACAAUAGACAAAGAAUGUUUUUCUUUUUCUUUUCGUGCAUGUUUAAUAUUAAUUGAGUUGGUCUGAUUGAAGGCGGUGAUGGACAGUCAGAUUCUAUGUUUUAAUCGCAGCAGCAGUCAUUGUUUUAUCAAACGACAAUAUCAUCCUCUAAUUGCUGCGCCGAAAACUACAAAUAUUUUUCUUCGACGAGGGUUUGCUUGUAAGGGAACAACUUGCUCAAUGAAGUCUUACAGGUUGUCUGAACUAUCUCCACCGGAGGUUGAAAGCCUGAAAGCUCGUCCUCGAAUUGAUUUUUCUUCCAUUUUUAGCACGGUCAACCCAAUAGUUGAUGAUGUUCGCAAAAGAGGUGAUGCUGCGAUCAAGGAAUAUACUGCAAGAUUUGACAAAGUAGAACUGGAUAACAUUAUCGUAGAAGUUUCUGAGCUUCCAGAUCCAGAGCUUGAUGCAGCUAUUAGAGAAGCAUUUGAUGUGGCAUAUGACAACAUAUAUGCAUUUCAUUUUGCUCAGAAAUCAGUUGAGAAAAGUGUUGAGAACAUGAAGGGUGUCAAAUGUAAACGGGUGGCGAGAAGCAUCGGUUCUGUGGGUGUUUAUGUUCCAGGAGGAACUGCAGUUUUACCUUCAACAGCUCUGAUGCUUUCAGUUCCUGCACAGAUUGCUGGGUGUAAAACUGUUGUUCUUGCAACUCCCCCAAGUCAGGAUGGCACCAUAUGCAAGGAAGUACUAUAUUGUGCAAAGAAGGCUGGUGUAACUCACAUCCUUAAAGCUGGUGGUGCUCAGGCAAUAGCUGCUAUGGCUUGGGGUACCAAAUCUUGCCCAAAGGUUGAAAAAAUUUUUGGCCCUGGAAAUCAAUAUGUCACUGCUGCAAAAAUGAUUCUCCAGAACAGCGAAGCCAUGGUUUCAAUUGACAUGCCUGCAGGCCCUUCAGAAGUUUUGGUCAUUGCUGACAAACAUGCCAGUCCUGUUCAUAUAGCUGCAGAUUUGCUUUCUCAGGCUGAGCAUGGCCCUGAUAGUCAAGUUGUUCUUGUAAUUGCUGGGGAUGGUGUGGAUUUUAAAGCUAUAGAGGAGGAAAUCAGUAAACAGUGCCAAAGCCUACCAAGGGGAGAGUUUGCCUCAAAAGCACUGAGCCACAGUUUCACAGUGUUUGCUCGUGAUAUGGUUGAGGCAGUCUAUUUUUCAAACUUAUAUGCACCCGAGCAUCUGAUCAUCAAUGUCAAGGAUGCAGAAAAAUGGGAGAGUUUCAUUGAGAAUGCGGGUUCUGUAUUCUUAGGACAGUGGACACCAGAGAGUGUGGGAGAUUAUGCGAGUGGGACAAACCAUGUCCUCCCAACAUAUGGCUAUGCGAGGAUGUAUGGUGGUGUGUCUUUGGACUCCUUCCUUAAGUACAUGACAGUGCAGUCUUUGACAGAGGAAGGUUUGCAAAAGCUUGGCCCGUAUGUGGCAACCAUGGCUGAAGUUGAGGGACUAGAGGCUCACAAGAGAGCUGUAACCCUUAGACUUAAGGAUAUCGAAGCUAGGCAGGUUCCGAAUGUGAGGUGAUUACCGCGCAACCUUUCCCAAAUUUGUUCUCUUUGGUAGAAUUGCCAUUUUUGAGAACACGUACCAGCUAGCUAGUAUUGAAAUCUGCAAAUGAUGCAAUUUUGAUUGUUGUAAUAUAUAAAUUUGGCUUAUUGUACUAUAUAAAUUUGGUGUGGGUGGAAUGGUGGGGACAAAAUAGGGAUUAAACUGGUGUUGUAGGUUGACAAUGUUUAUUGAAUAAUCAUUUCUUUCUUUUGAA